AUGAUGGGCAAGACGGGCGAAAAGGGCGGACGGGGAACAGAUGGGAUGGAUGAAGAAAGAGAGGAUAAUGCCGAACAGACGAUAGCCAUCAUUUCGGAGUGCGAGGCAAAACUCCUACAUACAUCCGAACAACAGCAGACAUCACAAAUCCAGGAACUAGCAUUUAUUUUAAAGGGUUACUACUACUACUGCUACUGCAAAUACUACUAUUACAGUGUAGCAAUUGAAGAUUGA